AGUGAUGGGUUUGUGAAACUCCCUCAGUCGAUAUAUUCUGCUUAGUACGCUGGGAGUUUGUGAACACAGAUGGAAAGAGUUCAUGGUUAAGCUCCCACUUCUGGUUUAUGGCAAAAUCCCGUCAAACAGCAUUUGGAAAUAUGAAAUAAGAUUUCUUCUAAAGAACGUUUUAAAGCAUUUCUCUUAGAUUGAGACAGUAAUGAUGAUUGUUAAUGUACACAAAACGGAGAUUAUACUGUUGUUUCUGCAAGUUCUGUCUGGUUCUUAUACUUAUGGGACAAUUACACUGGUUGGUCUGGUUGGUCAGGAAGUGAAACUCCCUUGUAAUAUUACGGCCAAUCUCCCAAAUGACAAGCCAGCACUCGUCCUGUGGUAUAAAGACAAAUCACCUACUCCAAUUUACACUUUGGACGCCAGGUUAGGUCCUCUAUGGCAAGCACGACAUUCAUCUAAUGACAAUUUGGUCGCGAGAGCCUAUUUGACAACGGCUAAUAGACCUGCCACACUGGUGGUCGACCAGGUGAAAAAAGAAGAUGAAGGCUCUUAUCGAUGUAGAGUGGAUUUCAACAGAGCAAGAACACGCUACACGGACAGUGUUCUAAAGGUUAUUGUCCCACCGUCAAAACUAAUUAUAAAAGAUCACAAUGGACGAAUUUUGAAGAGCUUAAUUGGCCCGUACAAUGAAGGAGAAUCCUUGUUUUUAACCUGUGAAGUAUUUGGAGGUAGUCCCAUGCCUACAGUGACUUGGUGGAGAGAGUCUGUGGUGUUAGAUAAUAAUUACAGUCUGGCAGACAAAGGGAUUACUGUCAAUGAGUUGACAAUUUCCUCACUCAGAAGACAUGAUCUGAUGGCUUCUUUUACUUGUUUUGCCUCGAAUAACAAUCUCUCCUCUUCGCUGUCAUCAACAGUAACGUUGGAUAUGAAUUUCAGACCUUUGCUACUAGAAAUGGAGGGAGCGCAACAACCGUUAUCAGCAGGAACUCCAACAAAGCUGAACUGUCGUAGCGCCGGUUCUCGACCACCAGUAUCUAUUACGUGGUGGAAAGAACACCUGGAGCUGAAGAAUGCCAGAACUACUGUCUCCAAUCAUGGCAAUUCAACCAUUAGCACAUUAAUAUUCACACCAACGGUUGAAGACGACCACAAAAUUCUAUCUUGUGUUGCAAAGAAUUUGCUAAUGCCUGGAACUACACUGCGUGAAAAUCGUGAAUUGAUAGUUCAUUAUGCUCCUUUAGUCAGUCUCGGGUUUUAUGGAAAGACAAAAUCACAGCCAGUAACAGAAGGUUCUGAAAUCUACUUUGAAUGUCUCGUUCAAUCCAACCCUCGGCCAAGAGGGAUUUACUGGAUGUUUGAAGGAGGAAAGCUCCAACACAAUACCUCAGGAGGAAUUAUAAUUAACAACCAUACUUUGGUUUUGAAAGACAUAAGCCGUUCCAGAAAGGGCCGUUACAGUUGUACAGCAAUAAAUGCUGUAGGAAAAGGGGAAAGUGCCAUGUAUUUUCUUCUAGUGGAAUAUGCUCCCAUUUGUAAAUCAACAAACGUAAAGUCAUUCGGAGUAGCAGUCUUCGAGUCUAUUCAUAUCAUUUGUGAAGUGGACGCUGAACCACCUGAGGUUUCCUUCGGAUGGGGCUUUAACAACACUUAUGAAACUUCUUAUGUAAUAGAUUUUGAAAGUCGUUUAACGAAAAGUUUAGCAACUUUUACUCCACGAAAUGAGCAAGGUUAUGGUAUACUACUUUGUUGGGCCAGCAAUAAGAUUGGACCUCAGAUUACUCCGUGUGCAUUUAAUAUCACACCAGUAGGGCCACCAGAAAAACCAAAAAACUGCAAAGUGCAAAAUGUCACCAUGAACUCUAUUCAAAUAUCUUGUGAAGAAGGGCACCACGGUGGUUUAAAGCAGCACUUUGUCCUUGAAGUGUAUGACAAAAACUUGGAGACAAUUGAAUCAAAUUUAACUUCCGAAAUGCCACAGUUUUUUCUGCAGGAUCUAGCGUACAGAACGUCAUUUGAAGUGGUAGUUUAUGCCGUGAAUUCUGCAGGCCGAAGCGAAAGCUGGGCUAUGACGAUCAACACUCUUUCAAAUCUUGUAGGAAAUGAUGAGCAACAAUGGGAUUUCCCGUUUGGGCCCCUUUUCGUGAUCAUUGGAACAAGUUUCAUUGCCUUGAUAGCAGUUGUUCUUGUAAUAAUCAUUGUUAUUCACAUACGAUUCCGGACUCACUCUCACAGGAAAACAAGAGAUCGUUCGAGGGAAGACAACAGUGGCUGUACGGAGGGACUUGCUUUGAAAAACAUAACAGAAGGAAUUAAAACAAUGUCACCCUUAGAAGAGGAAAGAUGUCCAGAUAUUAUACCAGUAAACGAAAUCGCCUUUGAUUGUGAAGACAGAUCCAGUGAAGAAUGCGUGUUUAUUGUACCCCAUUCGACAUCCAAAUCAAACAUGUACAAGAUACCUGGUGAAAAUUCAGAAUCUAAAGAGAGGUAUAAGUGUUCUAAUACAGGUUGCAGCACUUCAACCAGAGGAUCAUCUCAUGUUUCAUCGGCGGUGAACACUGAAGAUCAGCUUCACGCCGUUAGUUCAAAGGUCACGUCGGGUUCAUCUUCAACAGUGUUACGAAGGACAGUUUGUCAGAAGGAAGAUGCGUUACUGUCUAGAAGAGCAACAACAAAAGUUUAAAGCUACAACUUUUCAUUAUUUGGAUGACUUUCUCAAUUCAUCUUUCCAGGCCUGAUUUUGUUUUAUCAGCUGUAACCAAGAGAGACAUCUUGAAUAAAUUACUUAGUUGUAUCGCUUUUUCACUUCCACAUUAUAUAUUACGAUCUGGUGAGAGCUUUAAAACUGAAUAUUGUGUUUGUCAUUUUCAGAGUUUCGGAUGCUACAUUUUGGUAUCUUUGAAACAGGUUAUGUGUCUAUACACAGUCUAGAAUCUACCUACUAUCUUGGUGUCGCUUUUAUAUCAGUACUAAGACUGCUGUGUAUCUCCCAUACAUUGAAUUUUCUUAUAUAAUGCACGAGCUUAUAUAACACAUUAAGUGUCUCCAAUAUUGCAAGAUAACCGUGUGGUGAAAAGUAAGUUUUUAUCAAACGAACAACUCAAAAUCUCUAAUUGGUCUUGUUUUACUCUCGAUUGACAAUAAAAUGUUAUUUAUAUCAACACUCAAAAUGUUACUAUAUGUUAUUUGGAAGGUAUCUUGAUUCA